AUAAUUGCGGCUGUCGCUAGCUGUUUUGCACCAGACGACGCACACCAGCGCCAGCGUGCGCACUUGGACGUGCCCCUGCGUGCUUUUCCAUUUCGUUUCCAUUUCGUUUCGUUCGUUCGGAGCCGCAAAAUAACCGUGGACAGCGACAAACAAUAACAACGUUGCAGAUAGAAUAGAUAUAGAGAGGGAGAGAGUGAGUGCGCCGCGCCUAUCGGCAGGCAAUGAUUCCCGUUGUUUACUUUGAUUGACUAUCCUUGAGUGGAGCGGGAGAGUGAUAAACAGCAUUGCAGACCAAAGACCAGACAGCCAAAAAAAUAUCAUCAUCCAAAUAUAAUGUGACAAGAUGGACUUCCAGAACCGCAAUAACACGGCCAACAAGUUCGUCUGUCCCAGCGACAGGCAGCUGGCCUUGCGUGCCAAAUUGAGGGCCGGCUGGAGCAGCUCAAAGACCAGUGAACCCUUGCGUCCCGAGGAGCAGGAGGCCAUCAUAUCCGUGAUACGGCGCAAUGAGGAGAUCGAGAUUGCCGAACGGCAGCGGGUCGGCCGUCUGGUGGAGCGAGUUGAGAAGAUCAAGCAGCACGCUGUCGAGCGGGGCCCCAACUGUUGUCGCCUCUGCGGCGACACCUUUGGCCUGUUGCGGCCGCAUCGCAUCAUUUGCGAGGACUGCCGUCAGUCCGUGUGCACCAAGUGCAGCGUGGACAUCAAUAUCCGGUAUCACACCAGCGAGCGGACACGAGAGAUCUGGCUCUGUCGCAUCUGCUCGGAGACGCGCGAGAUGUGGAAGAAGUCGGGGGCCUGGUUCUUCAAGGGCCUGCCGCGGUACGACACGCCGCGCAGUGCCAGCGCCACGCCUACGCCCACAGCCACACCAGGAGGGAUGGCAUCCAUGGCAGGAGACACGCGGGCCGUGCACAGCUGCCACGGAACGCCGACGCGGCCGGCGCGGGUCAAGAAGCUGACCAUACGGGUCAACGACAGCAGCUCCAGCAGCGGCCCCUCCGAGCCGGAGGAUGAGCUGGACGGCGGGGCUGGUAGCGGUUUCGGUGGCGGUGCCAGGGGCUCGGCCGUGGGCCGGCUGCAGAGGGAGGACAGCUUCCGGCUGCGGGCAUACGGCUCCAUACGAAGCUUCAUCGACGGCGGCGAGCGAAAGUUGUCGAACUCCUUCUUCUUCGGUCGACAGCAGAGCCACCGGCCGUCGGAGUGCCCCGACUACGACAGCAUCAGCCUCACGAACGGCUCGGCGGUGGCCCAACUGCGCCGCGAGAGCAGCUCCCUGCGCCGCGGUUCGGUUAGCUCCUCCUGGUCCAUCAGCGAGAGCUCUGGCUCCGGUAAUUCCGGCAGCCAGUCGCAGUCCCAGUCGCAAUCGCAAUCGCAAUACACCCAAGCCCAGCAACAGCAUUGCCGGGAUCCGCUGCUCGGCUGGCUGGAGAUAGCCAUCAGCUAUCGGGAGAACUUCCACAGCCUGGACUGCACAAUGGUGCGGGCACGCGACCUGCCCGCCAUGGACGCCUCUGGCCUGACCGAUCCCUACUGCAAGCUCAACAUAAUCACGCCCGAGGCGCUCACCAAAUACACGCGCUGGCAGCGCACCAAGACCGUGCACAAGACCCGCAAUCCAGAGUUCAACGAAACCCUCCAGUUUGUCGGCGUGGAGCCCGAGGAGCUCGGCAACUCCCUGCUGUAUGUGGCCCUCUUCGACGACGACAAGUACGGGCACGAUUUCCUAGGCGCAGCCAAGGUCUGCCUUUCCACGGUGCACAGCACAUCCCAGUACAGGAUCUCGGUGCCGCUGGGCGUGGAGGAUCAGUACAGCAGCGCGGCGGAAAUGGCCCAGGAGUGGCCCAAUGGCAAAAUUCUUAUCUCCCUGUGCUACAAUACCAAGCGGCGGGCCCUGGUCGUCAAUGUGAAGCAGUGCAUCAAUCUGAUGGCCAUGGAUAACAACGGUAGCUCCGAUCCCUUUGUCAAGCUUCAGCUCAAACCGGAUGCGCACAAGAACAAGAAGCACAAGACGAGCGUCAAGUGGCGGACCCUGAACCCGAUCUACAACGAGGAGUUCUACUUUGAGGCCAGUCCCCACGAUCUCAACAAGGAGAUGCUCAUUGUGACCGUGUGGGACAAGGAUCUGGGCAAAAGCAACGACUUCCUGGGCAGCCUCCAGCUGGGGGCCCAGAGCAAGGGCGAACGCCUCCAGCAGUGGCACGACUGCAUCCGAUUGCCUGAUCACUUUCAUGAGAAGUGGCAUUGCCUGGCCCCCGACAAUCCCGCCCACUAGCGGGUGCCACGGCGGCUGCGGCUGGUCCACAACCAAUCAAACACCCAACCGAUCCUUCCCGCUUAGCUCCAAAUAUACACAUAAAUAGUAAUACAGUAAUAUAACAUAUAUAUAUUAUACAUACAUACAUACAUACAUACAUAUACAUAUAUAUAUAUUUUUGAUAUGCCUGCCUGAGUGUGUGUGCCAGACAGAGAGACAGAAAGAAAGAGAGAGAGAGAGACAUAGAGAGGAAGAGAAAGAGAGAGUGCGCUUGUGUAUCUGCUUUCCGAUAUCUCGCAUAUAACCUCAAUUGUUCUAUAUCUGUUCUAUAUACUUUCGGCUCUUAUCGGCAUUUUUGUAUACAUUCAAACUGUAUAUACUAGCUUUUUUUUAAGUGUCCUUAUCAAAGGUUAAUCAACAUCAAAAUAAUUUCGAUUUAUUGCUAAAUUCAAUCUAUAAUCAAAACUAAUUAUUUAUGUACUUAAAUACAUAUAUAUCGAAAUAAAUAUCGGGAUACAAUUGGAACUCUUGCAUCCAUCUAGCAGCAUUACUAACUUCAAACUUGAAACAUUCCGAGCCGAUCGGAUCCUGCCUGCCAGACAAUCUUUGUAUUCAUUCGCUGGAUGGGAUAUGAUAUUAUUGCACUGGAACUUUUAUCUCUAAAGCCUCGCAUUGUCCCCUAUAGCGAAGAGAAAGCAAGGCUAUGAUGUUCUUUCUAUGAGAUGAGGCACCAACAAAGAAAGAUCUUUGCCCAACCAGAAGAAAGUCAUUGGAGCCGUAAAAUAUAUGCUUUUGUGGCUAGACACCGACUCUCUUCAUUCGCUUGUGCAUCUCGAGACAAGGACGUGCCCACCGCUGAUGUAUAGUAUAACCUUAUUGGUCUUUGUCAAGAAUUUUCCUGGAUUAUUAUUAAGGGCCAGAAACGAACGACUAUCUACAGUAUCGUGCGCUUUAGCCAUACCCCAAUUGAAAACGUUUUGUUAGCUUAUUUCACAUGACAUUUAAUAGAUUCAAAGAUUCAGAAACAGCUAAGAAGUUCCAUUCUAUUAAAAACUUUUGCAGGUAAGUACAAACAUACGGGGGGAAGGGAAUCCUGCUUCAGCUUCCGUUCCAGUUUCAGUUCACAAUUAAUAAGUUUUGGCAUAAGGAAUUUGAAAGGUUCCCAGUGAGAGGAGCUUCAUAUAGCGAGCAUAUAUGUGUGUAUGUAUGUAUGUAUGUUUGCUACAAUACAAUAUACUACAAAACAACACAAUCGGAAUAUUAGGUCCGAUGUAGGUAUAGAAUACAAGUAUGUAUAUAUGUACCGAUCGUGCGAUAAACAGUGAGCGUAUGCAACUAACAAACGGGGUGGGCGCUCAAUGCCC